AUGACUGGAAGAAGAAAUGAAAUUGGCAGCAGUUUUAGAAGAACACAGAAAGAAACAGACAAAGACAUUGAAACACUUCAGAGACAGUUGGACGAAUUACAAAUAGUUAACAAAAGUCAAUUAGAGGAACAAAAAACACAGAUAGAAAAAUUAGAAGGCGAGUUACUGUUGAUUGAAGAUGCAAAAUUAAGAUUAGAAGUUAAUAUGCAAGCACUGAAAAUGCAGUUUGAGAGAGACCUGCAGGCCAAAGACAAACAGUUUAAACAAGCACAGACUCAGAUGAAGGAUUAUCAGAGAGACUCGGAAGAAGCCAGAGCCAGUAAAGCCAAACUAGUGUUACAGAUGAAAAUGAAACAAACAAAAGUGAAAACAAGCAGAAUAAUGAACUGGUAA